GCACUCUCGACACAUCCCUCAAUUAUGGCUCCAGGGGCCCCAAAAGAAACCACAGCCAUGGCCUCGUUCAAUGCCCUUGUCCACCACGGCUCGACUCCCCGUAACGGGGAUUUGCCCAACUUUUGUCCAACCUGUCUGCCUACACCCCCCAAGGCGGCCGGCCUUCGACCCUCACUCACGUCACGGCCACACAAAACUCUCUUUCUGUGCGAGCGCUUCGUCCAGCCUCAGGAGGUGUCCCCCCCCCCCCCUCCCCAAAAUACACCGCGCGGUACUCCCAUACGUGCUCUGCCGUGUUGCUACGGCCGGCACCCCCUUGAUCUCACGACGCGACCCGCCGGCUAGCCUGUUAGUACAGCCUGCAGCUCCAUGACGCGUAGCGAGGACGCCACGAGGGAUGCAUAGAUCUUAGGAUCAGAUACCCGCUGCACCUCAUCUCGUCCUCUGAACCCAAGAGGUAGACCACAGCAAGACCUACGAGUAUCGCCCGGUUCUUCCCCACCCGUCGGGCAUCAUUUAUCACGUCGGAGCCGGCCAGUCGUUUAUGCUGGUGGCGCUGUCUUGCUGCUCCUUCUCUUACCUAUCGCUCGUCCUCGACCGGGAACUCCAAAGCCCACCAACCCCCCGCCGACAAUAUCCCCCCCCCCUGUGUGCGAGACCACAGCUCCAUGACCGCUCGUCCUGCCUCUUACGACAUCGACUCGGACCGUCUGGCCCACUCGCAAUAAGAAACACUGCCCUCCACAGGAGCUCCGUGGCCCCUUCUGCCACACACCCGACGUCCUGUCUCCGCCCGCCUUGUCCAUGGCCAGUCAAUAGCGCUUAGAGGCUGAGGAAUAACCACUGUUCUUGUGUCGAUUACUUCAGAUCAGCCGUCGACACGCUAUCAAUAUCAAUCAGAGGAUCCCAGCAACUGGCCCUGCCUUCGUAUUGCCUCCGGACAUGGCUACAGGAAAGCUUCUCAUCUACCUCCUGAGGCGCGACCUCAAGGUUAUUGACAACCCCAUCCUCCACCACCUGGCCACCACCACCGAUCAUGGCUUCACCCACCUCCUACCCAUCUACGUGUUUCCGGCCCAUCAGAUCGAAGUGUCGGGAUUCCUCAAGGACGGCGAGAAAUCACCGUACCUCCCGGCACGCAGUCGUGUAGGGGGCUACUGGCGCUGUGGCCCACACCGAGCCAAGUUUCUUGCACAGUCCGUCUGGGAUCUCAAGGAAAGCCUGGAACAGCUUGGCAGUGGCCUCGUCAUUCGAGUUGGUGACGUCAAGGAUGUGCUGAGCCACCUGAUUCACGGCCUGAAGGGAAAGGCGCCUGGUGUUGGCGCGGUCUGGAUGACUGAGGAGUUGUCUUUGGAGGAGAAGGACGAGCAGGAUGCCGUUGCAUCUAUAUGCUCUGCGAACGACAUUAGCUUCAAGUUGUGGCCUGACGAGAAAUACUUCGUAGACGACCGCGACACCGGACUGGAGACACCAAAGGAUCUUCCCGACGUAUUCACUUCCUACCGAAAAUCCCAAGAACCGCUGCGAGAGCGUCCUCGCAGCGUGCUUCCGCGCGUUGAAAGGUCUUCGUUGCCGUUGUUCCUUGAAAAGACGUCGGUACCAGACCAGCACCAUCCCUUUACCGUGCCCACUAAGCUGCAGGACCUCGAGGCUCGCCUGAUUCAACCGCUCGGCGAUAUCGUUCGAAAUGCGCCGCCCUACCCUGAUGGUGCAGAGUCUGCUCACCCGUUUCAAGGUGGCGAAAGCCACGCCCAGAAGCGCCUGCGUCAUCUCAUUAAGUCAGGCGCUAUGUCGUCAUAUAAGGAAACACGGAACGGCCUUCUCGGACUCGAUUUCAGCACCAAGCUCUCGGCUUAUCUCGCGUUGGGUUGCGUGUCUGCGAGAUUCGUUCACGAGGAACUUUUGAAAUUGGAAGACGGAACCGACCCAGAAUAUGAGAAAGCUCCUGGAUACGGACAAGGUGAAUCUGAUGGGACAGCAGCGGUACGAUUUGAGCUUUUGUGGCGCGACUACAUGCGCCUUUGUAUGGCCAAGUUUGGUCAGAAACUAUUCCGUCAGUCAGGUUUCACGCAAGGCGACAAAUACGACAAGACGUGGAAGACCGCAAACAAACACGAAGCGAAGCAUGAUCAGGAUCCAUCUCCGGAUAAGAUCGCGAGGAUCUUGGAGCGUUUUGAGGAAGGAACCACCGGUAUGGGGCUUAUCGAUGCCUCACAGCGUGAGCUAUUCCAUACCGGAUACACCUCUAACCGAGCCAGACAAAACUCUGCCAGUUUUCUCAGCAAGCAUCUCGGCAUCGACUGGCGCUACGGUGCGGAAUGGUACGAAAUGCUAUUGGUCGACUUUGAUGUCUCUUCCAACUGGGCCAACUGGCAGUACAUGGCGGGUGUGGGCAACGAUCCUCGCGGGGAUGCACGAAUUUUCAACCCGGUGAAACAGGCAUUCGACUACGACAAGGACGGCACCUACGUCCGUACUUGGGUGCCGGAGCUCAAAGACCUUGAAAAGCCUGAAAAUGUCUUCCAGGCUUGGACAGCAAGCAGCUCCGAUCUAGAACAGCACGGCUUAGCGAACAACAUCAUGGUCACGGAUCCGAUCAAGCGAAUCGACUUUACGGUGGACAGAAAGCCGAAGGGGUCGCGGCGGUCGUUCCCAAGGAGGCGUGGUCCAGGAAGAGGUGGUCGCCGUGGCGGAAAUGGUCAAGGCCCAGGCGGCUCGGGAGCCCCUCAGGACCAUAGUACGGAUGGCUCCGCGAUGCAUCACAGUGCCCACUCGAACGGAUUAUUACAAAGCCAGUCCAGGGGCCGAGGUGUGCCGCGACCCCCCCGAGGCGGAGGAUACGCGCCAAGGGCCAACUACGACUCGCCUCCGGUUUAUUACAACAACGGCUACCCGGGACCUUGGUCUGUGGAUUACAACGACGCGCGGGGACGGAGCAACUAUGGGUUCUACCGUGGGGUUGCUCCGAUGUAUGGACAACGCAUGCAAGUACCUUUUCGGAACAGUUAUGCGCAACCGAUGUACUUUCCCCCGCCGACCAUGGGACCUGGCGGCGCGUGAUGCGGGGCAUGAUGUCGUCCACGAGGUGGCAAUGAAACUGCUGAGUGAUUGAUGGUGGCGGCGGAGUGAAUGGGCGAGUUGUGGCUGUCGGGCGCAGGAUGUUGCAAGGCACUUGGUCGAUGAAGGGUGGGUUGAGAGAACAGGCGAUGAACGCUUGGGUGUGCCGCUCAAUGCGAGAUUGUUCAGAGAAACACUUGAACAUGCUAAUGUCAAAGCUUUCCGUCUCGAGCGAGGCGCUACGGAUUGUUGUGAUGUUGCUGGCACGGAUUAAGUUAAUAGUUCUAUCGGUAUCAAGCCCACGAUUUAUCCAUGAUGCAUUCCACUGCAG